UGUCCUUCUCACGAGGACCAUGAGUUUCUCCCCUCAUCCCUCCAGUCUGACUGGGUGCAGCAGCAUCCAGGAGCAGAGAGACCGCUGGGAGAGGAAACGCAGUCGAACAGCCAAAGAACUGGUGAAGACGGAGCAACAUUAUUGCCGGCAACUGGAACUUGUAACCACAUUCUUUGUGGAAAUCUUGAAGGCCAAAGGAACCCUGAAGCAGGACAUUAGAGAAGGCAUCUUCAGUACAAUUAAGGACAUUCAUUCAAUGAACCAAUCUCUGCUGGUUCAUUUGGAGAAUGGCUACUUGGUCAAAGGUCUGGACCAGUUCUGUUCACAUUUGCACUUCUACAAUAAAUAUGUGGACAACAUCUACAAUGCCAAAAAAGUGCUUGAGAUCCAGCUGAAGAAAAAUAAGGCCUUCAGACGUUUCAAGAAACUACAAGAAGCUCGACCAGAGUUCAACAACCAACAGCUGGAGGACUUACUUCGAACGCCCCUUCAGCGAAUCAAGCAGUAUAAGCAUUUUCUACAAGACCUGACUGGAAACACGAGUCCAGAAAGUCCAGAGUUUGAGAAGCUUUCAAGGGCUGCAGCAGCAGUAUGUGAGGUGUCUGAACGUAUCCAGGACAAUGCUGAACGGCAUGAGAACCACCUGCAGCUCUGCCGAGUACAGAAACUGCUGAAAGGGCGAAAGACAAAGGUGUUGGCUGCAGGACGAUGGUACAUCCGUGAGGGGUGGCUAAAGAUCGUUCCUGUAAAAGGCACAGAGGCUAAGCCCAGGAUGUUCUUCCUGUUCUCGGACAUGUUGCUGCAGGCCAAGCGUUGCAGCCCUCUGCAUCCUACCAGUGGAGAGAAGUUUGUUGGCCAACAUGCCUACCCUCUGCAGGAUGCCACUGUUGAGAAGGUGUUUGGUCACACUAGAAGCCAGGGUGGUCUACUCAGUUUAACCUUCCCCAGAGCCAAACUCCUGCUGAUGUCGAGCAACCAGCAGGACCUCAAUGACUGGUACCAGUGCCUGAGCUCAGCUGUCACGAAGCUGCAGUCCAAACCGACGGUGGUCCAUCAGCGAUCCGAGCCGAGCCGCAGACCCCUCUGCUCUGCUGAGGAGACGAACAUCUCCCCCGUCAGAAAGAGAAACAUGACGAGCUGUGAGCAUGCUCAGAAGCCCCCGUGUGGAGCGGAGUGCAGCCCCCUGAAGAAGAUGAAGAUGUCUGARGCUGCAGGGCAAAGCAGUGAGGACMCCUCCUCCUCCUCCUCCUGUGRGAUCCUCUGAUGGUCGUUCAGUGAGCACACCUGAAACUCUCAGCUUUAACUUCCUCCUUUGUGCAAUAAUAACCUCUGCAGCUGAUCACAGGGUGACACCAUGUAAUCAUGGAGCAUUACUUUAAACUCCUCCCACUUUAUUUCAUUUACUGAUCCUUUCGUGUGUUUUUAUUUGUCCGGUGUUUUAGUUUUGUCAAUAUAAAUCUGUUUUUGUGCUUUGAAACAUUUAUUUCUACUUUAUACCUGAAGCCAAAAGUUUGUGAUUAAAAUGACCCCAGUGCUCAAACAGCUGCUACCUGCUGAAGAGCCUCGCUUUGUAUUUACUGAGCAAAUUUAAAGUCUUCCUUUUUAAACUGUUUCUCUAUUAUUCAUUUUUCUUUUCUUUAGCUAAAAUAUUAUUUAAAGCUGUUACACUGGUUUUAUUAGAACUGCAGAUGGAAAUUGUAAUUUCCAAAUAAAACAAUCUAWAUAAAAUAAAGCAUUUUAAAUCUUC